AUGCUGAAACGUAUGCCUGUUACGAAAGAUGGGAAGGUAGUUGACCGCCUUCAAGAAAGCACUCGCAUCAAUAAGCCUUUCAAGCCACCUACCAGUAUUGUUCAACGAGAGCAGCCACAGCGCAAAAGGAAGCGGGUCUCCUACAAGGAUGCGCAGGCUGACUCAGACGCGUCCGAGUCUGAUCGCGAUGGUCCCCAUAAAAAGAAGAAAAAGGUAGACAAGAACGGUUUUGCGGAACGUCCACGGGACAGUAACAUCAAGGAAUACCCUGUAUUCAAAGUGAAGCCGUUCAUCCAGAUCUCCCGCAGAUUCUCUAUACCUCAGAUGCGAGACAAAGAUGGAGGUAUUGUCACUGUCAUUCCGUCCAAUGCAUCCUUAGGGCUUCGUCCUGUCGCGAAUCUUAUUCCUCGACCACUUCAUGACCCAAUGGAGGACCAUGCGAUCGUGCUGUAUGAUCCCACCAUUGACGACAAAGAGACAGACGAAGAAAGGAAAGAACGUGAGAAAGAUGAGGAGAAGGAGAGGCAGGCCCAGGAAGCCCGAGAGAAGAGCAUUGGCCUCUACAACCCUCAUAAGAGUCUAAAGGAGCUCCUGGGCGGUGGGAAAGAGAAGAAAAAGAAGAAUGACAAGGUGGCAGUCGUCAUAGAUCCCCGCUUGACUAAAGUGCUCAGGCCUCACCAAGUGGAAGGCGUGAAGUUCUUGUAUAAAUGCACCACAGCGAUGGUGGUGGAGAACCAGUAUGGGUGUAUCAUGGCGGACGAGAUGGGUCUCGGCAAGACCUUGCAGUGCAUAGCCCUCCUCUGGACAUUGCUCAAGCAGUCCCCCCAUGCGAACAAGCCGACUAUCGAGAAGUGUAUCAUUGCGUGUCCAUCAAGUCUCGUCAAGAAUUGGGCGAAUGAGCUGGUAAAAUGGUUAGGGAAGGAUACCAUUUCGGCUCUGGCUAUCGAUGGCAAAGGGGGCAAAGCAGAGAUGCUUGAGAGAGUGGCUAGGUGGGUGGCAGCCGGCGGACGCAAUGUCUCACAGCCAGUGAUGAUCGUCUCUUAUGAAACACUACGUACACUAUCAGUUCAUCUUGCAAACUGCUCUAUCGGCUUGUUGCUGUGCGAUGAGGGCCAUCGACUCAAGAACUCUGAAUCCCAGACCUUCCAAGCAUUGAACGGGCUUAACGUCAGGCGUCGAGUGAUUCUAUCAGGCACGCCUAUCCAGAACGACCUCUCGGAGUAUUUCUCGUUGCUGAACUUCGCUAAUCCGAACUUCCUUGGCUCGAAGAACGACUUCCGCAAGAACUUCGAAAAUGCAAUCAUCCGAGGGCGCGACGCGGACGCAAGCGAUGCUAACAAGGCUGAGAGUGAAAAGAAGCUCAAAGAACUUGGAGGACUGGUAGCCAAGUUCAUCAUUCGGCGAACAAAUGACCUCUUGUCGAAAUAUCUACCCGUCAAAUACGAGCAGGUGGUAUUCUGCGGACUUUCUCAGUUCCAGCUGUCCUUGUAUCGCCUCUUCAUUUCUUCACCAGAAAUCCAGGCUCUUCUCCGUGGCGUCGACUCUCAACCAUUGAAGGCUAUCAACAUCUUGAAGAAACUCUGCAACCACCCUGAACUUCUUGACUUACCGGGCGACUUGCGAGGCUCCGAUAAGUUGCUUCCAGAAGAUUUCAACGGCGCAGGUGCCAGCACUAGGGACCGCAAUCGCAACCAAACCGUUCACUGCGAAUGGGGUGGCAAGUUCAUAGUCCUGGAACGCUUUCUGCAUCGCAUACAUACAGAGACAAAUGACAAGAUCGUCUUGAUCAGUAAUUACACACAGACGCUUGAUCUCUUCGAGAAACUGCUACGCAGCAAGAAAUACGGAUUCUUCCGCUUGGACGGUACAAUGACUAUCAAUAAGCGGCAGAAGCUAGUUGAUCAGUUUAACGAUCCCAACGGCAAGGAAUUCGUGUUCCUACUUAGUAGCAAGGCUGGAGGGUGUGGUAUUAACCUGAUCGGCGCGAACCGACUGAUUCUCUUCGAUCCUGCAGAUUGGAACCCGGCUGCGGAUCAGCAAGCCCUCGCUCGUGUCUGGCGUGAUGGUCAGAAAAAAGAAUGCUUCGUCUAUCGCUUCAUAUCCACAGGAACGAUCGAGGAAAAAAUAUUCCAGCGUCAGGCGAAUAAGCAGGCGCUGUCGUCUGCAGUUGUAGAUGAGAAAGAGGAUGCUGAACGUCACUUCUCUCUGGAUUCCCUGAGGAAAUUAUUCCUCUUCAACGAGAACACGCUCUGCGAAACGCAUGAGACAUUCAAGUGCAAGCGUUGCAAAAAUGGCCGGCAAGUAAUGAAGGCUCAAGCAUUGUUGUACGGUGAUGCUAGCACAUGGAAUCAUUUCACAAACGAGGAGCUCAAGAAUAAUCACGAUGAUUUGCUGAGGGCCGAGGUGGGCUUGCCUGAUGUUUCGUUCGUCUUCCAGUACAUCAGCCAUUGA